AUGCCGCGGUGGAAACUUAGAGAUCGAUCCAGCUCCGGUCAAGAGAUACCCACGCGCAAUAAUUUAGCUGCCUUGUCCGACAAUUCCCAGGGGUCUCCAGCUCUCAGGGCGCGGACGACGGCUGCUGCAUCUCUUCGCGCGGCGUCUGGUGGCUCUCUCGACGCAACGAGAAUUCCAGCACCUCUUUCAACCCAGAGAAUUCCGGACCCUGCUGAGGUUCAGAAGCUGGCGAAGCAGCAUGCGGAAUUCGGGCCUUUGGGCGAUCCAUCCCAUCUAUACAGCAGCGAGCAUCCCGGUGGAGAGAUCCCCGAUCCGGUUAUCGACGAGCCUCCCUACUUCUUCGUCUUGACGACGUACAUCAGCUUCCUUGUUCUGAUCUUCCUUGGUCACUUUCACGAUUACUUUGCAAAGUGGUUCCGGUCACACACCUAUCGACACUUGCGGCCACGCAACGGAUAUGCGUCGCUGUAUAGUGAUUUCGAGAGUUUCUAUACCCGCCGUCUGAAGCAGAGGAUCAGUGACUGUUUUGAUCGCCCUACGACGGGUGUCCCCGGACGAUACGUUACCUUGCUGGAUCGGAAGUCGGACGACAACAACCUCAGUUUCCAAUUCACUGGGACGACCACGGAUACAUUGAAUCUAAGCUCUUACAACUAUCUGGGCUUUGCCCAGUCAGAGGGACCUUGUUCCGAUAGUGCCGAAGAAGCUAUUCGACAAGAUGGCAUAAGCAUGUCGGGGAGCUGCGGUGAAGCUGGCACCUCACGGCUCCAUGUUGAGGUGGAAAACCAGGUUGCGCGGUUUGUGGGAAAGGAAGCCUCGAUCAUCUUCUCCAUGGGAUUUGUCACAAAUGCCACGAUAUUUCCCGCUCUUGUUGAGAAGGGUUGCUUGAUCCUGUCGGACGAGCUUAAUCACGCGUCUAUCCGAUUCGGUGCACGUCUCUCGGGUGCCUCCAUCCAGGUUUUUGCACACAAUAGCAUGGUCGACCUUGAGAAAAGACUGAGGGAAGCAAUCUCGCAGGGGCAACCUCGAACACACCGGCCGUGGAAGAAGAUUCUCGUCACCGUGGAAGGCCUAUUUUCCAUGGAAGGUACCAUGUGUAAUCUUCCUAGGAUUCUUCAACUUAAGAAGAGAUACAAAUUCCACCUUUUUAUUGACGAGGCUCACUCCAUUGGGGCGGUCGGGCCGCGUGGACGUGGUGUCUGUGAUUACUUCAAGAUUAACCCUUCUGAAGUUGAUAUUCUCAUGGGCACCUUCACCAAGUCCUUUGGAGCCAACGGUGGUUAUGUCGCGGCGGACAAGGCUGUUAUUGACAAACUGCGUGCCACCAAUGCCGGCCAGUUGCUGGGUGAAGCCCCAGCACCCUCGGUCCUGGCCCAAAUCCAUUCAGCGUUCCGUCUCAUUGCCGAUGAGGAUCCUAUGCACCCGGGUCAAGGCCGCGAGCGGAUUCAACGUUUGGCCUUCAAUUCGCGGUAUCUCCGACUUGGGCUCAAAAGGCUUGGGUUCAUCGUCUAUGGCCAUGACGAUUCCCCUAUUGUUCCCUUGAUGCUGUACAAUCCCGCCAAGAUGCCGGCGUUCUCGCACGAAAUGCUGCGACGUAAGAUCUCGGUUGUCGUGGUGACCUACCCUGCUACCCCCCUAGAGCUCUCGCGUGUACGAUUCUGUGUCUCCGCAGCACACACCAAGGACGAUCUGGACCGUCUGCUAGGAGUGUGUGAUGAGAUCGGAAAUGUCUUGCGUCUGAAAUACUCGACCGGUAUCGCAGGUGGGUUGAAAGAGCCCUUGGCAGCUGAGUCCGAUAAUGGGGGUAGGAAAACCAUAGAGCCUCCUCGCUGGUCGUUGGAAGAAGUCAUCGAACGCGGAGCUCGGGAUGCCAAGCUGCCCUUGCAUUAA